GGGGCAGCGCAGCCGAGCGGAGCCCGGAGAGGAGAGCGCGAGCGCCGGCAGAGCGAGCCAGCGAGCGAGCGAGCGCCUGGAAGCCCGGAGGACGCGGACGCCCGAGCCCGGGGCGCCCGCCCGGAGGACGGGGACUCCGGAGCCCGCGGCGCCCGCAGCCAUGUACCGCUCCACCAAGGGCGCCUCCAAGGCGCGCCGCGACCAGAUCAACGCGGAGAUCCGGAGCCUCAAGGAGCUGCUGCCGCUGGCCGAGGCGGACAAGGUCCGUCUGUCCUACCUGCACAUCAUGAGCCUGGCCUGCAUCUACACUCGCAAAGGCGUCUUCUUCGCCGGAGGUGCUCCUCUGGCCGGCCCCACAGGCCUUCUCUCAGCCCAAGAGCUUGAAGACAUCGUGGCAGCCCUGCCUGGAUUCCUGCUGGUGUUUACAGCCGAGGGGAAGUUGCUCUACCUGUCCGAGAGUGUGAGCGAGCAUCUGGGCCAUUCUAUGGUGGACCUGGUGGCUCAGGGUGACAGCAUUUAUGACAUCAUCGAUCCUGCUGACCACCUAACUGUGCGUCAACAACUCUCCUUGCCCUCUGCUCUAGAUACUGAUCGUCUUUUCCGUUGUCGUUUCAACACUUCCAAGUCCCUCCGACGCCAGAGCGCAGGCAACAAACUGGUGCUUAUUCGAGGCCGAUUCCACUCCCACCCACCCGGGGCCUACUGGGCAGGAAACCCUGUGUUCACGGCUUUCUGUGCCCCACUGGAGCCAAGACCCCGCCCUGGCCCUGGCCCUGGCCCUGGGCCUGGCCCUGCCUCACUCUUCCUGGCCAUGUUCCAGAGUCGGCAUGCUAAAGACCUGGCCCUGCUGGACAUCUCUGAGAGUGUCCUAAUCUACCUGGGCUUUGAGCGCAAUGAACUGCUCUGUAAAUCAUGGUAUGGACUGCUGCACCCCGAGGACCUGGCCCACGCUUCUGCUCAACACUACCGUCUGUUGGCUGAGAGUGGAGACAUUCAGGCCGAGAUGGUGGUGAGGCUGCAGGCCAAGUCUGGAGGUUGGGCCUGGAUUUACUGCCUGUUAUACUCGGAAGGGCCAGAGGGCUCCAUUACUGCCAAUAAUUACCCAAUCAGUGACACAGAAGCCUGGAGUCUCCGCCAGCAGCUGAACUCUGAAGACACUCAGACAGCUUAUGUUCUGGGUACGCCAACCAUGGCGCCCUCAUUCCCUGAGAAUGUCCAUUCCCAAGAGCAGUGCUCUAACCCACUCUUUACCCCAGCCUUGGGGGCUCCCAGAAGCACCAGUUUCUCCGGUGCUCCAGAACUGGGUGGGGUCUCAACAUCAGAAGAACUUCCCCAGCCUUCUAAGGAGAUGGGCUUCCGUUACCUGCCAUUUGCUGCUGGGCCAGAGCCCUCUCUGCAGACAGACCUCAGCAAGGAUCUUGUGUGUACACCACCCUACACACCUCACCAGCCUGGGGGCUGUGCCUUCCUCUUCAGCCUCCACGAGCCCUUCCAGACCCUUCUGCCCACUCCAUCCAGCUCUCUUCAAGAACAGCUGACUCCAAGCACCGUGACCUUCUCUGAUCAAUUGACUCCGAGCAGUGCAACAUUCCCUGAUCCUCUCACCAGCCCGCUGCAAGGCCAGCUGACCGACACUGCCACCCGAAGUUACGAAGACCAGUUGACUGCGUGCACCUCUACCUUCCCGGACCAGCUGCUUCCCAGCACUGCUUCCUUCCCAGAGCCCCUGGGCAGCCCUGCCCAUGAGCAGCUGACUCCUCCCAGCACCGCUUUCCAAGCUCCCCUGAGCAGCCCCAGCCAGACUUUCCCAGAGCAACUGAGCCCCAAUUCUACGAAGACUUACUUCACCCAGGAGGGAUGCAGUUUUCUCUAUGAGAAGUUGCCCCCAAGUCCUAGCAGCCCUGGUAAUGGGGACUGCACACUUCUGGCCCUCGCUCAGCUCCGGGGCCCCCUGUCUGUGGAUGUCCCCCUGGUGCCCGAAGGCCUGCUCACCCCCGAGGCCUCUCCAGUCAAGCAGAGUUUCUUUCACUACUCUGAGAAGGAACAAAAUGAGAUCGAUCGCCUCAUCCAGCAGAUUAGCCAGUUAGCCCAGGGCAUGGACAGGCCCUUCUCUGCUGAGGCCGACACUGGGGGACUAGAGCCCCUUGGAGGACUGGAGCCCCUGGAUUCUAACCUAUCCCUUCCGGGGGCUGGCCCCCCUGUGCUCAGCCUGGACCUGAAACCCUGGAAAUGCCAGGAGCUGGACUUCCUGGCUGACCCCGAGAACAUGUUCCUGGAAGAGACGCCCAUAGAAGACAUCUUCAUGGAUCUCUCUACUCCAGACCCCAAUGGGGAAUGGGGUUCAGGGGAUCCCGAGGCAGAGGGCCCAGGAGGGGCCCCAUCGCCUUGCACCAAUCUGUCCUCAGAAGACCACAGCUUCCUGGAGGACUUGGCCACCUAUGAAACCGCCUUUGAGACAGGUGUCUCAGCAUUCCCCUACGAUGGGUUUACUGAUGAGUUGCAUCAACUCCAAAGUCAAGUUCAAGACAGCUUCCAUGAUGAUGGAAGUGGAGGGGAACCAACGUUUUGAAUAAGUCUGUGACUUAACGUCAAGUAUGGCAUAUUGUCAUCAAGACGUGGAGCCGCUCUCCACCCCCCCAGGACUGUUUGGGGGGAUUCUGGGGGCCAGAGGGGGAUAUAUCUGAUUCUCCAGGCCCUGAAGGAUUGGGGGGGGGGGAGGGAGGUGGGAGGGCAAGGGAGGGGAGUUUCUUUUUAAAACCAAGGGACUUUGAGCGAUCCCAGUUUCCAUUCCAAUCUGUAUUCACUCGUAGUGAGCUUCCUUGAAUGAAUUUCAAGCGGAGAAUGGGGGAGUCUCGUUUCCCCAUCCGCACUGCCCCAUGGGCCUGGGCCAGUUCUCCACUCCUAGGGGGGCUUCAGCUCCCCCCUAGAUCUUGGUGGGGGAAAGGCAGGGCCAACCCCAGGCCAGCCUGAGCCCCGAGGGGCUCGUGACACCCACGUAGAAUUCUCUACACACCAGUAACGGGAUUUCAAUUCCGAUGGACUAGGCCGCGCUGCGGCUCUUCCUUGAGACUUUUGCGCCCCGCCGCCUGGGGUGGGAGCGCGAAGAGACGCUUCGUUCCUUUCCGAUGGAGGAAGGCAGAUCUGCCGCCACACGUGUGCUUUGCACGAGUGCUGGUACCUGGUGCGGGAAGCACCCGGCCGCCCGAGCGCCUGGGCCUGCCCUGGACGGCCGUCUGGGAUGCUGCCCUGGACAGCUGCCUCGUGGUUCCGCGGUGACCUUUGUAGCCAACUUUAUAAUAAAGUCCAGUUUGCCUUUUUGG